GUGGGCGUGGCGGCCGCGGCGGGCCGCGCGCGCGGCUGCGAGCCGCUGGCCAUCGACAUGUGCCGCGGCAUCGGCUACAACCACACGGGGCUGUCGGCGCUCGCGCAGAAGGAGGCCGAGUUCAUGCUGCAGUCGUUCAACCCGCUGGUGCAGUACGGCUGCUCUGCGCAGCUGCAGCUGCUGCUGUGCGCCGUGUUCGCGCCCAUGUGCACCGACAAGGUGGCGGCGCCGAUCGGGCCGUGCCGCGGCCUCUGCCACGCGGUGCGCCGCCGCUGCCUGCCCGUGCUGCAGGGCUUCGGCUUCCCCUGGCCCGCGUCGCUCAACUGCUCGCUCUUCCCGGCCGACAACAACCACGAGACCAUGUGCAUGGAGGGCCCCGGCGAGGACGAGCCGCCGCCGCCCGCCGCCGACGCCCCCGCGCCGCCCCCGACGCCGCCGCUGCCUCCGCGCGACGCCUGUCCGCAGGGCCCUCCCGGCGUGCCGUCGCGCUGCCAGCCGGCGUGCGACGCGGACGUGGCGUGGGCGGCGGCCGAGAAGCGGCUGGCCGAGGCGUGGGCCACCGGCUGGGCGGCGGUGGGCUUCGCCGCGUCGCUGGGGGCGGCGCUGACGCUGGUGGGCGGCGGGGGCGGCGGCCGCGGCCGGCAGGGCGGGGGCGGCGCCGGUUCCUCGGGGGCGGCGUCGGCGCGCUCGCCGCCGGCCGUCGCCUUCCUGGCGCUGUCGCACAACCUGUGCGCCGUUGGCUGGGCGGUGCGGGCGGCGGCGGGGCGGCGCGCCGUCGCCUGCAGCGCCGCCCACGCGCUGCUCAUGACGCGCGACGGGCUGGCCAACGCCAACUGCGCCGUCGUCUUCCUGCUCCUCUACUACUUCGGCACCGCCGCCUCCGUCUGGUGGGUGGUGCUGUGCCUGUCGUGGUUCCUGUCUGCGGGCGGCGGCUGGUCUGCGGAGCGCGUGCAGCAGCAGUCGUCGCUCUUCCACCUGGCGGGCUGGGGGCUGCCCGCCGUCUGCACCGUCGCCGUGCUCGUCCUCAGGCACGUCGACGCCGACGAGCUCACAGGGUCGUGCUACGUGGGCAACCACAGCGCGCGCUCGCUGCUGGUGUUCGUGGUGGUGCCGCAGCUGGCGUGGCUGUGCGCCGGCUGCGCUCUGCUCGCCGCCGGCUGGCUGGGCUGCCGCAGGCGCCGGGGCGCCGCCGCCAGGAUGCGAACCCUGGGCCCGGACGCCAAGCUCAACCAGGGUGAGCUGUGCCGCCUGGGGGCGCUGGCCGGGGCGUGCGCGGUGCCCGCGGCGCUGAGCCUGGUGGCGCUGCUGGUGGAGUACGGGGCGCGCCGCCCCCACGAGGCGGGGGCGACGCCGCUGUGGGCGCCGCUGCUGCGGCUGGCGGCGGGGCAGGCGGGCGCCGUGGCCGUGGCCGGCUGGGUGUGGCUGUGCUCGCCGCCGCCCUGCCGCUCGCUGCGCGCCUGGCGCCGCCUCCAGCCGUGCAAGCAGCCGCCGCCCGCCUCCGCCGCCCCCGCGCCGCCGCCGCACCCGCCGCCGCUCUACUACCAGCCGGCGCCGCUGGCCCGGCCUCCGUACCAGCACGCCGCGCCCUCCACCACCGCCCAGCUGGUGCACCUGCAGCACAGCGCCGCCCACGCCGCCCAGCCGCUGCUGCCCGCCGCCCUGGGCCAGCACCAGCCGCUGCUGCUGCCCGCCGCCCCCGCCACCCACGUCCACGGCGGCCACAAGCCGGCGCGCAAGCACCGCUCUUCCAAACACACCAAGCACGGCAGUGAGACCACCGUCUGACCGCACCACUGCCUCUACUGCUUCACUGUUUGUGAUACUCGUAGUGGUGUAGGACACUAGAGACGAGAAACCGACCGUAUUGUCAAACUCCUCACCAGAGCUGAGCAACAACUCUUCCACUGUGCAGUGACGUCUGCACUUCCUGGCAGAUCGAAGUUGCUUGCUAGACUGGAUUUUGCCUGCUACAGUCUGUACUCUUGUUGCGCAUGACACACAACUCUCCCUUACGACCUGUACUCUGCCUGUACCUCUCAACUCAGCUUCCCAAAUUCACCGAAUCUCUCCACCGUACCGUGCGGCACUGAUACCUCGGGAGCUUUUCCACACUGAGCAUGACCGUAGCCACUGCCAACAAUUUCUUGAAGAUUGAGACAGUUGCUUUCUGUAUAUUUUCUUUUUCUCUCUCUGUUCUUCUCCCACUGCGUAACCACAAUAAAACUGAAGACUUCGUCCGGUUGCUACAGUUUGAUCUGCAUCACCUAACGUUUGCACUUGAAUAAUGCAUUAACACAGUAGCAACCAUUCUCAGAUGCCUCUGUUUUUAAUAUAACAUUUCUCUGAGAAGUGCUAUUUACACUGUGAAGCAAACUCCCAACAACCCAGCCUAAUUCAGAACAGAGAAAGCACAGAUAACUGAAAACUCAUGUUUUCAGGAGAAACUGGUAUUUAUCUCAUUUCAAAAACAUGCUACGAAUCACAUUUCAAAGCCCCCUGGCUUCCUUACAUGUUACUCGCCUGAAAAUUUACGAAAUUUCACUUAAAACACUUUAUAUUAUACCAUUUAUUUUCAGUUCAGUUUCAGCAUAUGGAAUGCCUAUUUUUCUGAUCUUGUUUUUCGUUCUUUCUUCUUGUCAACAAUUCUCAAUUUUUGGAGAAUCAAAACACUGGUAUAGCAAGCAAAUUUUAUCUUUCAUACCAUGACAACAGAGCUAUAAAUUUCAGUUCCUCUGUAUGUGACAUAGAUCAGUCCAUUCAUAUAGUGAACUCUAAAAAAAAAUAUUCUUUCUAACGAUAACAGAAGACUUCAGGUUAGUUUUUUAUUUUUUCAAAAAUAGUCAAUCUAUGCACACACUAUCCUCUUACCAUAUACUCUGCACCAGGAUAAUUGGUAGCUUGGUGUAUUAAUACAGACAGUUAUGUGCACCUAUGAAUUUACAAAGCAUUUUCAGUAUAAAUAACAUAAGAAAUUAAACUACUCAUGCCCUCAGGUGUUUCAGUGAAUGCAAAUGUUCUGCAUGAAAGCAACUCUGUUUCCUUCAUUGACAUCAAUAAUUAGCAGUGGUAUAACUACUGCUCACCAGACCCACUCUCUGCCCACUUCUCAAUCUCUCAAUCUCCUUCUGAUGAUGGCAACAAAUACAUACAUUCCACUGUUAAUACCAUCAAUUCUGAUAACACAUUCUAUGUUUAUAUUUCUUCUCAUACUUUUUAAAAACCUAUAGGAGAACUACAUGAGACUGGUAUAAAAUAAAUUCACUAUUCAUGAUCGAAAUGGCACUGAUUGCUUGCAUAUUUGUAGCAGCAAACCCGAAUAAAACUGUUUCCAAAUAGACACAGUCUAAUCCGUUCUUAAAUAAGAAACAUUUCAAAUAUUCAAAUUUAAUGUUUAUAAAAUAAAGUGUUACAGCAAACAUUCAAUCUUGAAAGUUGACACACUGUUCCAGUCCAAUACAUCCUACAAACUGCUUUGAGAAAUAAUGCAUUAGUUCAGCUUUUGCACAGUUCUCCUGAAGUCACCAAAAUUGAAUCUCAUAUUUGCAGAUGUAUUUUAUGUGUUUAUACAUAGGAAUUUGUUAAUCACUCUUGUAAGUGUCCACUACUUGUCUUACUAAUAACGUUCAAGGUAAUAAGUUUUAUCUUCUUAUCAAACUACACGUAAGAGGAAGCCACAGUGUGUCUGCUACUUUGUUUCUUCUCCUCAACCAUCAGAACAGCUCUAGACACCUGAUAACUAGAGUCCCACUAGAUAAUCUGAAACACUAGAUAAUCUGAAACACUGUUCAAAAUUUGUCAUUGCUAAAUAUGCUUAAUGGAAAUUCCUUUUUUACUACUUAAUUUGUAACUGAUGUUCAUUAAAUGAAACUAUUUGCUGCCAGUCAUGUACAUACUCACACAUAAAAUUAAAGAGACAUGAAUGCUCAUUUUAACAAUUUUGUAAUCUAUAUAACAGACUUAUACAAAUUGAAACACGUUUUAGUGUUAAAUAUUGUGAUAUUUUGAGAGAAAGUGCUGCAAGUCACUAGUGUGUACAUACUGGUCAUUGAUCUGAGAGUAAGUUAGCUGUUACUCAAAUAUAUAGAGUUUAAUCUUUGCUUAUGUAAUUGGCAAAGAAGACUUCUUUUUUAUUUAAGUGUUUUGUAAUUACUAUUUGUGAUACCAUGUUUAAUCAAUGUACAAAAUUUUGUAGUUAAUUAUUUGUAAAUAACUACCUUUACCAUAGGAUGCUUUGCUCCAUAUUUGUAGUUAGCAGUUUCAGAUAAACUUGUAAGGACCUUAAUCUGCAAUUUAAACAUUGCUAGGCAAUGGUGAACAAUGCAGAUAUAAAAUAUGAUUUAUGUUAUCAUUCUGAUAUGUUACAUUUAAACUCGUUAAAUACUACUGACAUAAAAAUAUGAAGUAUUGUAUGUUCCUUUCAGAUAUCAUUUUAAGUCUGUAGUAUCUUGAUUUAUUACUUGUAGCUGCUACUUCCAGGAUAUGAUGGGAAUGCAUAUUUAUGAUAUUAAAAGAUCUCAUAACAGUAUCACUUCUAAUGAAGCAAUGUUGAGCAACAAAACUCUGUAAUUACAGUUGGGAGUCUUUGAAAAGUGAAAUUAAAGACCUUGAAAAUACAAGUAUAAAAUGUUUCUUUUGCCAUAUAGUUAUUUAUCUGUCAAUGGUGACAGUUUUAGUUAAUCAUUCUUAUAAUUCUGACCUAUACUGUGCUGCAAGUGAAUAUCACAUGACAUCAGUGAAGACAAUCCCAAACACUGUACCUGAAACUCCAUUACUUUUUUGCUAAACAAAUGGAAGGACAUCAAGUCCUGUGUUAUUAUUUUACAAACUGGUACUAAUGUUUAUGAUCAGCAUACAAUCACAGAGGUGAAUUUGGAAGAUUUAUCAAUUUAAUUAUAUUUUUAUUUUAACAAUUUAUAUUUUAUAGUGACAGAUUAUGCUGCCCUAUUUCAAAUCUUACAGGUUUUUUAAUAACACAUGCAUCAAACAGUGUAUUUUAAUCUUAUUGCUGCUCUUAUAGAUAUCAGAGACUAUAUUAUUGGUUUUAUGUAAUGCUUUACCACAUGUGCCUUAACAAACAAAGAGGUAAAAUGUAAAAUUUAGAAUACAAAACUGUUAGUAUAAUUAGUGUUGUAAAAGAGAAAGUAAUUGAGUAAAAUUAUUAUAUUUUAAUAAAUAGAUAUAUGUAUUUGUAUCCUUUGUAAAUAAAAUUUAUAUUCGGA